AUGGCUAAUUCGUUCCCUUCAUACAAGCCAGACUGGUGUAAUCUACAAGUCCUGCACAAAAAUACUCUACCACCAAGAGCUUCCUUUUUCAACUACUCCACAGUCGAAAAAGCCCUGACUUAUGAUGUGGCAGCAUCAGAGACACUUUGCCUAAAUGGUGUCUGGAAGUUCCAUCACGCGCCCUCUCCAUUUGAAUCCCCAAAGGACUUCAUAUCUCCGUCUUUUGAUGCAUGCGAAUGGCAAGAUAUUCCAGUUCCGUCAAUGUGGCAAUUGGAAGGCUAUUCAAAUCCGCAAUACCUGAACAUCAAAUAUGGCAUUCCAGUGGACCAACCAAAUGUGCCGUUUGAGGGAAAUCAAACCGGAAGCUACAUUCGCAAGUUCACCCUACCUCAAACCUACAGGGACCAUCAACUGCGCCUUCGGUUUGAAGGAGUUGAUUCUGCAUUUCACUGCUGGGUGAAUGGCAACGAGGUUGGAUACUCCCAAGGGGCAAGGAACCCUUCAGAAUUCGAUAUUACCGACUUUCUCAAGCACAAUGCGGAAAACACCAUUUGUGUUAAGGUCUAUCAAUACUGUGAUGGUACUUACCUCGAAAAUCAAGAUCAAUGGCGAUUGUCGGGAAUAUUUCGAGAUGUCAACAUCUUGGCCUUCCCAAACUGCCAAAUUCAAAAUUUUCGCGUCUUGACCGAGUUCGACAACGAUUACAAAGAUGCAGUCCUGCUCUUGGAAGUGGAUACGAAAGGGACAGGAAGCUUGCUUGUGACACUAUACGACGAAGAUAAAACCACCGUCGUGGCCAGCGAGUCACAUCCUGUUGUGGGGGGAAGUGAAAAAAUCAAGUUUUCUGUUCCUGUUCAAUCGCCAAAGCACUGGACAGCAGAGACUCCCCAGCUAUACCAUUUAGUUCUCCGCUUUGGGAGCCAGACGAUAGCGCAACGAGUUGGCUUCCGCAAGGUCGAAAUAAAAAAAGGAUUAAUUCUGAUCAACGGGAAACGGGUCGUGUUCCGGGGCGCGAAUCGACAUGAGCACCACCCCCGCAUGGGUCGCGCUGUCCCUUUGGACCUUCUUCGCCAUGAUUUGUUGAUGAUGAAGCGGCAUAAUCUAAACUCCAUCCGCACCUGUCACCAACCAAGUGACCCCAGGCUCUAUGACCUUGCUGAUGAGCUAGGGCUAUGGGUCAUGGACGAAGCAGAUCUUGAAUGUCACGGAUACGACGUCGUUCAGCAACGCAGUCUAUCCCGUACCGAACGGAUGUUGGAUCCACAAGAGCGGCAGGAACUCUCCUAUCUAAGAGCCGGAAGAUGGCUGUCGCACAACGUCGACUGGCAAGAGGCAUACGUCGACCGGGCACGGCAGAUGGUGUGCAGAGAUGUAAAUCACCCGUCUGUCGUGUUGUGGUCUCUUGGAAACGAAGCAUUCCAGGGUCGCAAUUUCCAGGCUAUGUACGACUGGAUCAAGUCCUAUGAUCCAAGCCGCCCUGUUCAUUACGAAGGGGACUCUGACGCACGGAUUGUCGAUGUGGUCUCCAUGAUGUAUCCCUCUUUAAGCAAAGUGCAGAAUUUUGCUGAGAACUGGGAUGGGAAGAAGCCGUUGCUACUCUGUGAGUUCGUCCACGCCAUGGGCAAUGGUCCUGGAAACAUCAGGGAAUACAUAGACUUGUUCCAUAUGUACCCGUGCCUUCAGGGUGGAUGGAUUUGGGAGUGGGCAAACCAUGGCCUUUGCACCAAGACUUAUGAUGGUGUAGAGUUCUACGGCUAUGGCGGGGAUUUCGGAGAGACGCUUCACGAUGGACAUUACAAUAUGGAUGGAGUCCUGGAUUCGGAGCAUCAACCGGGACCUGCGCUCCUCGAGUACCAAAAAGCACUGGAGCCAGUGCAACUUGUCGAAGGAUCCAAGCUCGAUUCAGUGCGGAUCGUCAACCGCUACGACUUCAUCGACCUUGGGCACUUGAAAUGCGCAUACAAAAUCGUCGGGGAUGGAUUCUCAGCAGCGGGGACACCAUUAAUGCUCCCACACGUCCCCCCAGGGGAGACAGCCCUGAUCUCUCUUCCUGCACUGCCUCUUGACAAACUUUCGAAAAACAAGGACAGUUUUUUGGAGAUUUCAUUUGCUCACAAACACGACUCACCAUGGUGUAAAACGGGGGAUGAAGUAGCUUGGUUCCAGUUACCGAUUGCAGUCAACUCUCCCUCUCCGAAGGACAAACCUAUGAUGACGGAGGAACCGGCAGUUACAAUCGAAAGAAUUGGACAAAUCGCUCUCGAAAUUACAUCUCCCGAAGCCAGUUGGACAUUUGACCUUGUGAGGGGUCGAAUCGAGGCUUGGUCAACCAGUUCUACCAACAUCCUCCGCCGUGGUCCGGAAAUAUCUAUUUAUCGCGCCCCUACUGACAAUGAUAUAUCCGCGGGUAGGGACUGGGAAGAGAAGGAAGUCAAGCAUGCGAAACCGCAUACUCGUCAUGUCACAUGGACCACAGCUGCCUCGGACGGGACUGCACAGAUUCGGUGCGUUCAGCGGCUUGCUCCCGUCGCCCUUGAGUGGUCCUUCGAGACAAUCACCUCAUACACAUUCAUUGGAGCCCGCGUCACCAUCCAUGUUACGGGAGAUCCCCGAGGCCUCAAUCUCCCCAAGACAUUGCCUCGUUUAGGCCUUACUUUAUCGCUGGCGCCCGAAUUUACCUCUGCAACAUGGUUUGGUCGCGGACCUGGCGAGAGCUACAGAGACAAGAAACAUGCACAGAGGUUUGGUCGAUUCUCAUGCGCCAUCGAUAAGCUGGCACCGAAAUACGAGUACCCUCAGGAGUCGGGAAACCAUACUGAAACACGCUGGGUCGAAUUCAAGGCACCUGAUACGGGAGUCAGCCUGAGAGCAAGUUUUGUCAAUCGACCCGAUGGGUUCGACUUCCAAGCCUCGCAUUUCGAUGCCCUUGAUGUUGAAAAGGCACGCCAUAUGUAUGAACUGGAGAGUUACAGGCGCGAUGAGGUGAUUGUUAGACUUGAUGCCGAGCAUCACGGACUAGGGAGUGAAAGCUGCGGACCGCCCACGUUGCCUAAGUACGCUCUCAGGACCGCCGCGUUUCACUUUGCUGUUGUGCUCGAUUGUCGCGAUUUGGGCUCAACCAAAUGA